AUGCGCAAACAGGCUAUCCCCUCCGUGCCUAAGAAAAAGAACCUCCCCCGAGUUUUCUUCGACAUCAGAGUUGGUCAACAGGACGUCGGUCGGAUCAUUAUGGAGCUGCGCUCAGACAUUGUCCCUCGAACAGCGGACAACUUCCGUGCUCUUUGCACUGGGGAACGCGGUUUUGGUUACAGGGGUUCUUGUUUCCAUCGUGUUAUUACCCAAUUUAUGUGCCAAGGCGGAGAUUUCACUAAGGGUGAUGGGACUGGUGGCAAAUCGAUCUAUGGUCGCAAAUUCGAUGAUGAGAAUUUUCAGCUUAGACACGAAGCACCUGGCAUUCUAUCUAUGGCUAAUUCUGGUCAAAAUACCAAUGGCUCACAAUUUUUUAUCACUACAUCUAAAUGUGAAUGGUUGGACGGAAAGCACGUUGUUUUUGGCCGCGUAACUGAAGGCUUAAACGUUGUCAAAAAGAUCGAGGUAGAUCUCUAUUCAUUACGCAUUUUGCGAUUUAUUUGCAGGCUUUGA